AAAAAGAUUGCUAUAUAUGAUGAUUGGUCGGAAGAAUACUAAAAUGCCACUUUCGCUGGUGCUUGAUACAUCUAUAUGGCCUGACUCCAGACAUGAAGCCCCCAAGGAUGAAGUACCCUUGUUUCAUUGUUUGUAUGUCCAUCAGGAUUGAACCCUAAAGUUUACAGAAGACUCCUAGCUUGAUUGAGUAGAGAGUCCUCAAGACGAAUUACUAUCCAGAAAAGUUCCUCAAAACUACGUGCACAGUGCGAAUAACGAUUACUCCCAUCUUUGACGCCGAGGAGGCAGAUCGUUUGUUUAUACAGCAAGUUCUCCAGAACCCAUGCAGCGCUGUCAACCUCCUCUUGCUUUUCGAAACCAGUAGUGGCAAUAUCCCUACAUACUCAUACUCUGAAAACGAUAGUACUGCAUUUGACGCUGCUGGCCCACUACAUUUCUCUUUUACUCCAUGCUCGAAUAGCCCAGACUAAGAAUGGCACAUGAACCGCAACACUAUAGGAGAUGUCGCGUUAAAAUUCAACGUCUUUCCUCGAGAAGUAGACAUCACGACCCCGAUACGUCCAUGGGUCGACAUGCACGCUGCGGUCAGGGCGGUCUCAUCUGCAGCGGAAGAUGAUUUCUGCACCAGCCAGCUAAAGUCCCGUUGUAUCGCUAUGUAGGAGAAUGGGAUCUCUCGCAAGCUCCCGAGGGAACGCGCACUGUGUGGUCAUUCGGCGAGGGCACUGAG